AUGGGGGUUCAGGUCAAUGGUAUCACCCCAAUGAAUGAACCGCUGAACUAUCAAGGCGGUUACCCUUGCAUGUUUCUUGACCCAGUAGAUGCAGCAAGCUUGAUUGCCCAGGGCCUCGGACAGGCAAUGCACGACCGCGGCGUUAUCCUCAUGGCAUAUGAUCACAACACCGAUCAGCCAGUGUAUCCCGCCCGUGUCAUCCAAGGUACGGGUGGCGAGGGCGCUCUUACGGACGCAGCAGCGUGGCAUUGCUGUGCUGGUCCCGUGGCAAACUACAGCGUAAUGUCGGAUUUUCAUUAUGCCUUCCCAAACACGCUGCAGUUUAUGACGGAAUGCUCCAAUUACCUUCCGCAAAGUGGGAGCUGGAAUUUCGAAGUGGCGUCGAAUUUCAUCCCGCCUGUGACGCAUGGUGCUUCGGCGGCCGCCAUGUGGGUUAUGGCAACGGAUCAGGAAUAUGGGCCCCAUUCCCCGUAUGGUGGAUGUGCUGGCUACCAGGGAAGCGUUAUUGUGAAUUCAUCCACGCAAUAUACGCUCACGAACGACUAUUACAUGGUGGGCCAGUUUUCACGUUUCGUCCGUCGAGGCAGUGUGAGCUAUCGGAUCCUGGGAGACGGAAACGAGGGCGAUGCGAGACAAGACAACCAGUUCUAUACUAUGACGGUGCGCAAUCCAGAUUCGAGCUGGGCGGUGAUUAUGACGAACAAUAUCGGCAGCGACCAGGAUGUGGUAGUGGGAUUCAACAACAGCGAGACUGACAUGUGGCAAGGGACAGUGCCAAAUGCCACGGUGGUACCAUGGCUGCUGCCGCCUCAGGGUGUUGGCGCUGCUCCUCCUGCUGCGCCCUAUGCGAAUGGGACGGCAUCCACCACCCAAGGAGGGAGUGGAGUGGGAGCAGUGUGUUCGACAGCAAGCACUUCUUCAAGCUCAAGCUCAUCCGCCAGCAGCACAAGCACCCUCGAACUAGUGCCCAAGACGACACAUACAAUUGCCUCGUCUGCUCCGACUAGCAGCAGCCAUGGCACAAGUGACGAUGUUGAUGAGCCUAGAAUGCGGCAAGGCUGA